GCUGCAGUGCAUUGUGGGAUAACAGGAAGCAUCUGCUGCAGACAGGGCGACAUGUCACAGUGCAGGUAAUGUGGCUCUGCUCGUGUUUGUGGAUGUAGGAUUCCUAUAUAAACGAGCAGCUGUACUUACCAUGGAGAGGGAAGUGGUAGCUAAGAUGGCAGCGUCCACGGACGGGCAGACUAAAUAUGGGCAGUCAGUAAAAGGGCUCCUCACUGAGAAGGUCAGUACGUGCGGUGCUGAUGUUAUCGCUCUCACCAAGCAAGUGCUGAAAGGAUCACGCAGCUCUGAGCUCCUUGGUCAUGCAGCAAGAAACAUGGUCAUGCAAGAAGAUGCCAUUUUACAUUCAGAAGAUUGUCCUCUCUUUAUGAUCCAAUUCCUGGCUUUGGCUUCAAAAGCUGCAUCAAAACUCCUGAAUGUGGAAACCCAGCUUGAGAGCCUGAGAAAAAUGGCAAUUAUAACGACUCAUCUACAGUAUCAACAAGAAGCCAUCCAGAAGAACGUUGAGCAGUCAUCCAAUCUUCAGGAUCAGUUGAAGCAUCUGUUAAAGUGAGAAGAACGCAAUUUCCUCCGGACUAAAUCCUGAAUACUACAAGUCUGAAGGCCACUGAAUGCUGUUGUGUUUGCCCGCUGGCGGACGGCUCUCUUAGUUGUUCCAGAAGAAGCCUAUACUUGAAGUUGCUUUUGUAAUUCACAGUUUAUAGCACUGUAGGGCGGGUUUGUCAAUGUCCCACAAGUGUAGCUCUUGGUCAAGGUGGUGCGGCAUAAAGCCAUAGCAUUACCACACUGCGGUGAAACUGCAUGCGUUUUGCAGUGACGGUUAAACUUACAGAUUUACAGCAUUGCAGUAAUGGUAUGACUCUGUGCCCCGUCGCCAUUGCUGACCCUCGUCCGUAUACUCUCAUGAGCCUGAAAACUGUCACAGGGUUCGAAAUUUAUCAGACAGCUGAGACAUUUUAUGAAGUCCAUAUUGCACCAUAUGUCUCAAUGUUUACAGGGAGAACACGUAUCACAGGUCAGGCUUGCGGUUUAUUGAUAAUUGGUGCAGCUGGGACCUGCGCUGUUAGUGCAGUGCAGCAAACUGAAGUUAAAGAGGACCUGUUUUGGUAACUACAGUACUUGCAUUCCCCAUGUAAUAACAAUUCUGGAGCAUCUGUUCUUAUAAAUCUAUGUUGUGCCAUGCCUCUGUUAUUCCCACUAGAUGUAUAUA